AUGGAGGAGCGCCCGCAGAACGCCGACGCUGUCCUUACCCUCCGGUCGCGCGCCAAGGCCAACGUCAAGCUGCGCAGCGCGGCCAAGACGGCCAGCGUCCCCGUCUACGCGAUCAGGUCCGUGUCGAACGCAAACCUCAUCAAAGCCUUCCGCACGCUGCUUGGCGUCGACCCCGCGCCCGGCAACGUCUUCAAGAAGGCGGGCGGCAGCCGCGGCGGCGACGACGGCGGCAGCGGCGCGGCGAGCCCCAAGGGGCCCGACGGGCGCAGGGCGGCGCUCUUCGGCAGCAUGGACAGCGAGAGCGCGAGCAUCGACGGCGACGAGGAUGACGAGGAUGCCGACUCCGCCGUGCGCGAGGGCGGGUACGAGGCGGCGGAGGGCGAGGAGGAUGAGUCGGAAGACGAGGCGGAGGCGGCGGCGGUCGGCCAGGCCGCGUCGGGCGGCGGCGGGGCCGCCGUGAGCAGCAGCUACAAGUCUCAGGAGGAGCGGGAGGGGCUGGAGGAGGCGCAGCUGGCGGUGGAGCAGAUCGUGAUUCCCCUGAGGCAGCCGGUGGAGCUGCUGUCGCGCAGCGCGGCGGUGCGGGACGCGCAGGCCGCCAUGAUCUCGCGGUACAGGCUGGGGGUGGAGGUGGUGGGGGCGGGCGAGGACGCGCGGCUGCGGGUAGCUGAGUGCAUUCCAGUAGCCGCAGCCAUGGCCCCCAAGGUCGGCGAGAAGGGCCCCGCAAAGAAGGGCCCCGCCAAGAAGGCCGCGGACGGCAAGGCCAAGAAGAAGAAGGUCUCAAAGGCGGAGACCUACAAGAUCUACAUCUACAGCAGCCGCGGCUCGUGGGGUGUGUACGUGCGCGCGCGUGGUGCAGCGCUCGCUGUGCGCAUGGAUGCGGCGUCGCCGUGCGACCUUGGCGCGUCGCGCGCGCACGCGCUCGAGGCAGCCACCGCUGCGGGCGCCCCUUCAAACUGUGGCAGCCGCGCAGCGCAGCGGGCAGCCCAGUAG